AUGUCAUUCCUCUCCACGCGAUCAUACAAUUCCCGACCGUUGUCAGAAGCGACUGAGAUCUUUGACACCGAUUAUGAAGCGGAGUAUUCUCCAGUAGACUCUCCACGCCGAAGUGUUGAAUCGUUUGGCAACGACAGUGCUACAACGCUGUCAACUGAGGAUGAAGCUCCCACCCCCAACGAGUCGGAUCAUGGAACGUUCAACUUUCAGUUUGGUAAAAGCAAACCGGUCGAAGGGCCAACUGGACCCCAUCUAUUUCGAGCCUCGUUAGAUUCAACGUUUCUCGAAAGAUCUGAUGAUUUAGAAUUAUACUUCUCGCUCUCUCCUCUGUCAUCACAGGACAUACAGGCGGCAAAGUCGAUCAAAAGAGCCAGCAUAGCAGCAUCGCCAGAGCACCCCCCGUACUCAGAACGACCCAGACCAUCAAGUGUGCCGAACAUAUCUCCCCAAUUCGGAGUAGAUGAAGUUAUGUCAUGGAACCCAAUGCAAGUUGCAGAAUGGAUGUACGAAUCUGGAUUUGAGGAUGCCAUAGUUGAACGAUUCAUCCGGAAUGAUAUCUCAGGCGCUGUCCUCCUCGAUCUCCAGAUGGACGAUUUGAAGGAGCUUGAUAUCAGCUCAUUCGGUAAACGCCAUCGGUUGAUGAAUAUGAUCCAAAGCUUCCGAGAUGAAUCAACGAAUCCUCUUCAGGACACUUCCGAUCAGAGUCUCUCUUCUCGCAGGGUCAGCAGGAGUCCCCCCACGACGAGAGACACCAGCACGGAAUGCUUUUCGAAUGAAUGUGAGACUUCAACACGCGGCUUAUCUCGUCGACGGGGCCACUCUAAUCGUGUUUUUGCGGAAGGCGAUGUGAUCUCUCCGGCAGAGUCGGUUUCCAUCGUGGCUAUCGAACAACUCCUGCCCAAACUACAUACAUGCUCAAAGGGAGAAAACUGCGCAAGAUUCCAAAAACAGCAACGGAAACUUGCACGCAUGGCAACUGAGUUCCCAAACCAGUUCAGCACGGUCGAUGGCACUAUUAUCCCCAAUACCGCAUAUAGAUCAGUCACUGGAAGUGUCGUGCGGCCCAAAUCCGAUGCAGCUCCCUCCGUCGUGGCUUCAUCUGAUGUUCUCGGACCCAGUCCUCCCGAGUUCCAACUUAAUGCUGAAAAUCUCAACGGGGUGAAACCUAGAGAUCCUCAAGAAAAUGUUCGACAAUUCCUUAACUUUCAGCACAUCAACAGUCCACCGAUGGAAAUGUUUCCUCCUCUCUCCCCACCCGAAUCUUCUCAACCCGCUCUCCAUAUGGCCAACAACCUUCGCAAUCUUCCAAAACUCCUGAUACCAAGGGAUCACUAUUCCGAUGGUAUACUUUCGGGCGGCCAACGCACCAUCACCCCUUCAAUGGGAUCAAGGCAAACAGGCUCUGCCACCGCCACUCAGGAAUACAACCCUUACCAAUAUCCAAUCGAUAUGUUUCGCCAAACUAAUACGCCAUUUUCGGAAAUGGAUGUUCCUACUACUGCGUUCCCUGUUGAACCACUAGACCGUGAAGUAUCGCAAUCGGUCCCGCCUAAUAUGGUUUACGGCAAAACUUUGCACUCACGGGUUGAACCAGUGUCACGUUCAUUAUCAACCAAACCCGAGAGUCACCGACGACGCCCUUCCUUUGUCACAAUGGCUCGGGUCGACGAGUUCCCUGCAGUGCAGCAGAUUGAUACCCUCUUUGAUCUCCCGACCACUCCUCGUCCAAAAUUUACAACAGGACCCCGUCAUAAGCCCCCCCAUGUCUCUGGAAUUUCUCCCUCGGCCAAAUCACAUCACUCCGACCCAGACGUUACCCACAGCGGAUGGAUGAAGAAGAGGAAAACAACACGUCUCCUUCGACAUGAGUGGCAGGACGCCCACUUUACCCUCCGCGGCACCGUCCUCGCUAUGCACAAGGAGAAGAACGAUACACAGCGCCAUUCUCGGGCUCUUGAGUUCAUCGAUGUCGAUGACUACGCCGUUGCCUGCUCGUCUUUGGCAUCGAACUCGAAACUCACAGCCGCAUUCAAACGCUCCGUCCUCCGGAAAGCUGCCAAUAUAUCAAUGAGCUCUGAUGAGACUGCAUUUUCAUUUUCGCUCAUUCCCGCUAAUAACAACGGAGAGCGGAAACCCCUCUUCACAGGUCCAGGCAAAAGCCAUCAUUUCGCAGUGAAGUCUCGGGAUGAACGGAUUAAUUGGAUGCGGGAGCUGAUGUUAGCCAAGGCACUGAAGAAGGGCAGAGAGGAGGGUGUUGAACUCACAGUUAAUGGAAGAAAUGUCAUCUAG